UCGCAAAAUCCUCCACCUUGCACGCUCCGAGUGCCAUUGCAACAACUGAAUAGGGUUUUCCAGAAUGCCCUCCCUCAGAUCCCUUCCCAUUCGGAUCCUUCUUCCCUCUCCGGAAAUUAGGUUUUGCGAUUGAUCUGCUGUUUGCUGCGUUUCUCUGUUUUCUUAUUUGGGGAAGCAAAGCACAUUGUGAAUGAAUUUUGAUGAUUCGAUUCCUGUGAGAAUUAGUCUCUACUCUCAUCACCAUGAAAGGCUCGAUUCCGAAGGAGAAUCUGCAGAGCAAUGGCUGUUUACAGAGUGAGCUCGAAUCGUUGCUGCUUCAGCAGCAGCAUAACCGUGAUUUGAUGCUUCAAAGGGAGAGGGAAUUAGACAUUCACCGGAGCGGCAGUGCGCCACCGACCGUCGAGGGCGCAUUAGGCGCUGCCGGCAGCCUAUUCCGGCAUCCGAAUUUCGACGGCGCAAGCAGCAGCAGCGGCGGUAUUAACAAUGCCGCUGCCCUCAGUUUGCUGACAGAAGAGGAAAUCCGAUCCCACCCUGCUUAUUUGGAGUACUAUUAUUCGCACGAAAACAUCAAUCCUCGACUGCCACCGCCCCUGUUAUCCAAGGAGGAUUGGCGCGUCGCGCAACGCCUCAGGGCUGCCGGAUUCGACUUAGGUAGAAGCUUUUCCGAUAGCCGUGGAGGAGGCUUGUCAAUGUUCUCAACCCCACCGGGGCUAUCGAUGAAGAAACUGGAAGAUGAUGUAAUGGAGCUGAGAAAGGCUGCUUUCAGAAACCUGUCAAGGAAGAAUUCGACCGAAUCGUUGGAAAAGGCUGCCUUAAUGAACCUAUCUCAGAAGAACUCGGCAGAGUCGUUGGACAAAGCUGCUGCUGCUGCUGCUUAUAUAAACCUGUCUCAGAGGAAUUCCCUGGAGUCAUCACUCGACAAGGCUGCUUUUAUGAACUUUUCUCGGAAAGGUUCUGCCGAUUCAACGGCGGACAAAGCUUCUGCGGCUUUGAUGAAUCUAUCGUGGAAAAAGCCGCAAGACUUUCCGGACAAUGGCUUGAACAUGGCUGGCUCGACUUCGGGAAUGGGAGUUAGAAGGAAGAGCUUUGCAGACAUACUUCAGGAAGGUCUUAGCCAACCUCCAAAGUCGAACCUUUCACGAGCAUCUAGUCAGAAUUCGGUUGCAGAAGCUCUCGAUUCAAUGAGAAUAUCGAAUUCUCACGCAGACGAGAUGUGGGCUAAAGCCGAAUCUUUAGAAGCCACCAUGUCCGGUGCUCAGAGCUGCAUUCCAACCAAUCCUUGUUCCUUGAGAUCCUCUCUGGUUUCCGCCAGUCCUUCGGGGGAUGGAGUUAAUCGAUCCUGCAACAUCAACUCUGCUGCUGCUUCGAUGAACGCCUCUAAUCUUCAUCCGCCGAGCAUUUUCGAGAUAGCUGAUGUAGCUGCUGCUGCUGCUUCUCUUUCGGGAUUAAACAUGCCCAACGGUCAGCUUCACCCCGAAAAUAUAGCGGCGCUGCUUCAAAUGGGAAUCCCAAUAAGUCAUCAACAGAAUCUGCUGCAGCAUUACGGCGACAUUUCUAGAGUAAAAGCUCUGCCCGACAACAUGAAUGCUGCUGCCAAUUUGAUGAGGGCUAACGGAUCAACAACCGGCCUUAAUGUCCCGAAAUCAGCACUGUACGAGGCUGUGAAUUUUCCGAGGAGAACAUCUUCGACUGCUAAUCUUCAGCACAGUGCACCGCCGGCCAAUUUUUCGACUUUGGAAGAUCUCAAACUCCUGUGCCAGAACAAUAAUCUCACCGGCGACCAGACGAGACUUCAUUAUCCUGCUGUGGAUCCACAUCAACUACAAUACAUGCCGAGGAACUUGCCUCAAAUUCCAGGGAAUUCUUCUAAAGGGAUUCUUUAUGCCGGCGAACUUCAGGCUUUGGAGAAGGCUUAUCUCGAAGCUUUGUUUCUGCAACAGGCGCAGCAAUAUCAUCAUCAGCCGCAUUUCUUGCCGAAGAAUGGCAGCAUUAGCAAUCUGUACCCUCCGUUUCCUCCGUGCGCAGCUUCAUAUCAAGAAAACAUUGCAUUGGCUCAGAGUUCCGGAAUUGGCUCCAGGGGAGCUUCUCUAAUUCAGAACGAGAAAGCUGCUGAAAUGGCGUCGGCUUUGAGAAAUGCGAAGGGAGACGCCGGUGGCUUUUUGCAUCCGCAGACGGGUAGCAAUGCUGCUAAAGGGAAAUUCGAGUCGCUGUUAGAUGUUCUCAAGAACAAUAAGGCUAAAGCAUUGGAACUUUCCGACAUUACUGGUCAUGUUGUUGAGUUCAGCAUGGAUCAGUUCGGGAGCCGUUUCAUUCAACAGAAGCUGGAGACGGCUACUGUCGAAGAAAAGACGAGGGUACUACUUGAGAUCAUUCCCCUGGCUCGUGAGCUAAUGGUUGAUGUCUUUGGGAAUUAUGUCACUCAGAAGUUCUUCGAGCAUGGAACCAAAGGUCAACAGAGAGAAUUAGCGCGCCACAUGAUAGGCCAUGUUUUGCCGCUUACGCUACAAAUGUAUGGCUGCCGAGUCGUACAAAAGGCCUUGGAAGUCGUCGAUAUGGAGCUGCAGGCCGAGAUGAUAAAGGAGCUCAACGGUUCGGUGAUGAAAUGUGUUCAUGAUCAGAAUGGUAAUCAUGUGAUCCAGAAAUGCAUCGAGUGCGUCCCGCAGGAACACAAUCAGUUCAUCAUAUCAUCGUUCUUUGGACAAGUUGUGACUUUGUCCACACAUCCUUACGGCUGCCGUGUGAUUCAGAGGGUUCUCGAGCAUUGUACAGAUCCGAAAACUCAAGAAAUCAUCAUGGAAGAGAUAAUGUGUUCGGUUUGUAAGCUCGCUCAAGACCAAUACGGAAACUACGUGAUUCAGCACGUUGUGCAGCACGGAAAGCCGCACGAGCGAUCCACGAUCAUCAACAAACUUUCCGGGCAGAUAGUGAAAAUGAGUCAACAGAAGUUCGCAUCUAACGUCGUCGAGAAGUGCUUAACUUAUUGCAGUCCGGAAGAGCGCCAGCUCUUGGUGAACGAAAUGCUCGGUUCGACUGAUGAGAACGAGCCGCUCCAAGCGAUGAUGAAAGAUCCGUUCGGGAACUACGUGGUGCAGAAGGUUCUGGAGACGUGCGACGACAAGAGCCGGGAAUUGAUCCUCUCCCGCAUCAAGGCCCACUUGAAUUCACUCAAGAGGUACACUUACGGCAAGCACAUUGUCUCCCGCGUCGAGAAGCUCAUCACGACCGGAGAAAAGCACACGGGGCAAUCCUCCUCGACGUGAAGGUGCAAACAACGGUUCUGUAAAUACAUGAAUCGGGUUCGGGUCAGGCUCAGGCUCAGGGUCCGUUCCCAUUGGGGUAAGACGAGACUAAGAGUAUCUAACUAUCUAUCUAUAUUUAAUAUCUAUAUAUGGUUUUCGUUGUAUAUGCAUGCAUGGAGUAGCUCGCUCGUUCGUUCGGAGAAAUAAUAAGAUCGAUCGAUCGAUCGGGUUUCUGGCCGUCUUGCUAGUUAGUGUAAAGCUUUAGCCAACGAUAUAGUUUGGGGGAUUGGUGUGGCUGGAUAAGCUGUUGAUGAGGUUUUGAUCACUCUGUGUUCUGCAUUUCUUGUAGUUUGGGAUGAUGGUAUACAUAUAUAUAUAUAUAUAUAUAGAGAGAGAGAGAGAGAGAGAGAGAGAGAGAGAGAGAGAUUGAGAGAGAGGAGAUGCUGAGAUAUACAUGCAUAUGGUGUUUGUAACAAAGGUGAAAUUAAGGUAGCAAGUAGAAGAAGAUUGAAAUGUAAGGCAGGGAAUGAGUUGUUACCAUCCAUGGGGAACUGAAUCUGAGUGUAAAUUAUUGAGCAAUCAGGGAUGAUUUGUUUUCAAUGAUUGAAUGAAUGA